AUGUUCUUUCCCCCCUACCACUGGCUUCCAACCACUGCCCUCACACUAUCAUAUCUCACAACAGCACUCGCAGCACCCACGCCACAGGCCCCAAACCCCAACGCGACCACACCCACCGCAGCCUCCCCAUCCCCGGCCCUCACCCUCCCCAAACUAAAAUUCUUCCCCAGAUUCCGCACGAGUCUCGCCAACGUGGGCGAGGAAGCGUACGCCUCCUUCGCGGACAUAACGCAAGCGGAAGCCACAAUCGACGGGUGGCCAGCGCAGCGGAUCCUGGACUGGAUCGGGCUUGGGAUCGCCGCCUCUACGGACCCGAACACGGACCCCGUCUCCGCCGACACGCCCUCGGAAGUAUUCGAGCUGCACCGGGCGGACAUACUAAUAGACCUGGCCAAAGAACUGGGGUUGGGGCACGAUUACGGGAAAGUGCUUAAACGGCCUUUGCGGGAACUGAAUGCACGCUCGGCGUCGUUGGCGGUGAAGGAGAAGCUGAAGCGAGCGGGGACGGAGAUUAUUAUGCUGCAGUACGGGUUGCGAAGUCCGUACAUUGCGGAGUUCGCGGAGGUGUUUGAGAAGAUGGAGCCGUUGAGGGUGAUUGGGUUGAUCAAUCAGAUUAAGGAUGAGAGAGGGGAGGGGGAGGAGGAGGGGACGAGGGUGAAUCAGGAUAGUACGGAUGAGGAGAUCUUGAAUUGCGUCACUGUGAGGGAUGAGGAGGAUUUUGUCAGGUUGGUUGUCGAGCAGAUCCGGACGGAUUGGAGCAGAGUCACGUUUCGGCCGGAUGAUCCGAUUUCGAAGGUGCUUGAGGCGGCGGAAGCUUUGGAUGGUGACGGUGGGGGGUUGGGUAAGACGCUAGGUAUAUCAGCUGUGGUGAGCAAUGUCACGGGUCUCACGAGUCUGUGA